CUCCGCCGCCGUAGCCGCCGCCGCCGCCAUGGGCUGAAGGGCCGCGGCGCGGGGGGCGCGGGGCGAGCGCCCCGAGGAUGGAGAGAGCCAUGGAGCAGCUGAACCGGCUCACCAGGUCCCUGCGCCGCGCCCGCACCGUGGAGCUGCCCGACGAUAACGAAACUGCUGUCUACACCUUAAUGCCAAUGGUUAUGGCUGACCAGCACAGGUCUGUUUCAGAGCUACUAUCAAAUUCAAAAUUCGAUGUUAAUUAUGCUUUUGGAAGGGUGAAGAGGAGCUUGCUUCAUAUUGCAGCAAACUGUGGAUCAGUUGAAUGUCUAGUUCUGUUGUUGAAGAAAGGGGCAAAUCCCAACUAUCAAGAUAUCUCUGGAUGCACACCACUGCAUUUAGCUGCAAGAAAUGGUCAGAAGAAAUGUAUGAGCAAGCUGUUAGAAUACAGUGCAGAUGUCAACAUUUGUAAUAACGAAGGUCUGACUGCAAUUCACUGGCUUGCUGUCAAUGGGAGAACAGAAUUGCUUCAUGAUCUUGUACAACAUGUCAGUAAUGUAGAUGUUGAAGAUGCCAUGGGACAGACAGCACUUCAUGUGGCAUGCCAAAAUGGCCACAAGACUACGGUACAAUGUUUGCUAGACAGUGGUGCGGAUAUUAACAGGCCCAAUGUGUCGGGAGCAACUCCACUCUAUUUUGCUUGCAGCCAUGGUCAGAGAGACACUGCACAAAUCCUUUUGAUGAGAGGAGCCAAAUAUUUACCAGACAAAAAUGGAGUCACCCCACUGGAUCUCUGUGUCCAGGGUGGGUAUGGAGAGACUUGUGAAGUUUUAAUACAGCAUCAUCCUAGACUCUUUCAGACAAUUAUUCAGAUGACACAGAAUGAAGAUCUACGGGAAAACAUGUUGCGGCAGGUUCUAGAACACUUGUCUCAGCAGAGUGAAAGCCAAUACCUUAAGAUCCUAACAAGCCUUGCUGAAGUUGCUACAACAAAUGGUCAUAAACUGCUUAGCUUGUCAAGUAAUUAUGAAGCUCAAAUGAAGAGUCUCUUAAGGAUCGUGAGGAUAUUUUGUCAUGUCUUUCGCAUUGGCCCAUCCUCUCCCAAUAAUGGAAAUGACAUGGGCUACAAUGGAAAUAAAACUCCAAGAAGUCAGGUGUUCAAGGUCAGAAAAGUAUAUGAUUUUGUUAGGAAGAUAGACGUGAAAGUGAUAACUUUCACAAAGCAUUUAUUCAUUAAUCAGACAUCUCAUGAACAGGGACCCCUGGAAUUACUGUGGCACUCAUUAGAUGAAUGGCUUGUUCUGAUAGCUACAGAAUUGAUGAAGAACAAAAGAGACUCUACCAACAUUACUUCCAUCUUACUAAAGCAAAAAGGGCCAGAGCAGCAGGAUGCUACGCCUACGCCUUCCUUUGACACUGAAGGAACUGAGAGUGGAGAAAAGCUAUCCAUUGACGCAAAGGAUUCUAAAGCAUAUGAUGCUGCCGGGAAGCAGGAAGCUUGUGCUGAUUGCCAGGAUGUUAUCUCCAUGACAGCAAACAGGCUAAGUGCUGUCAUUCAGGCAUUUUAUAUGUGCUGCUCCUGUCAGAUGCCUCAGGGGAUGACAUCACCUCGUUUCAUAGAAUUUGUCUGCAAACAUGAUGAUGUUCUGAAGUGUUUUGUUAACAGAAAUCCUAAAAUAAUUUUUGACCACUUCCAUUUUCUUCUGGAGUGUCCUGAACUGAUGUCCAGAUUUAUGCACAUUAUAAAAGCACAGCCAUUUAAAGAUCGCUGUGAAUGGUUCUAUGAACACUUGCAUUCGGGACAGCCGGAUUCAGACAUGGUGCACAGGCCAGUCAAUGAAAAUGACAUCCUCUUGGUUCACAGAGAUUCUAUUUUUAGGAGUAGCUGUGAAGUUGUGUCUAAAGCAAAUUGUGCUAAGUUAAAGCAGGGGAUUGCUGUACGUUUCCAUGGAGAAGAAGGCAUGGGUCAAGGUGUGGUACGCGAAUGGUUUGAUAUCUUAUCCAGUGAGAUAGUUAACCCAGAUUAUGCAUUAUUUACCCAGUCGGCAGAUGGAACAACUUUCCAGCCAAACAGUAACUCUUCUGUGAAUCCUGAUCACUUGAACUACUUUAGGUUUGCUGGACAGAUCUUGGGUUUAGCUCUGAACCACAGGCAGUUGGUGAACAUUUACUUCACAAGGUCUUUCUACAAACAUAUUCUUGGUAUUCCGGUAAAUUAUCAGGAUGUAGCAUCUAUUGAUCCAGAGUAUGCCAAGAACUUGCAGUGGAUUUUAGAUAAUGAUAUCAGUGAUCUGGGUCUGGAGCUGACUUUCUCAGUUGAGACUGAUGUGUUUGGAGCAAUGGAAGAAGUGCCACUGAAACCAGGGGGAGCAAGUAUUCUUGUUACUCAGGAAAACAAAGCAGAGUAUGUCCAACUGGUUACUGAACUUCGAAUGACAAGAGCUAUUCAACCUCAGAUAAAUGCUUUUUUACAAGGUUUUCAUAUGUUCAUACCACCUUCUCUUAUACAACUUUUUGAUGAAUAUGAACUGGAACUUUUGCUCUCUGGUAUGCCAGAAAUAGAUGUGAAUGAUUGGCUAAAAAAUACAGAAUACACAAGUGGUUAUGAAAGAGGAGACCAAGUUAUUCAGUGGUUUUGGGAUGUCGUAGAAGAACUAACUCAGGAGGAGAGAGUACUGUUGUUACAGUUUGUUACUGGCAGUUCCAGGGUGCCUCACGGUGGCUUUGCUCAUAUAAUGGGUGGCAGUGGACUGCAAAAUUUUACAAUAGCUGCUGUGCCAUACACUCCAAAUCUGCUCCCAACAUCGAGCACGUGUAUCAACAUGCUCAAGUUACCUGAAUAUCCAAGUAAAGAAAUCCUUAAGGACAGGCUUCUUGUAGCGUUACACUGUGGAAGCUAUGGUUACACAAUGGCAUAAUGAAGUGUAGAAAACUCAUCUGACUACCGAUGUGCAAUUCAGAGUGGCAGAAGUAAUUUAGGAAACUGUCAACAGAAAUCAGCCUAGAUGCUGCAGUCCACAGGAGAGGCUGACUUUUAAAAUUCAUAAAAGAUCAGUUUUUCUUCUCCAUUAUAUGUUGUUUAAGUAAGUUUGUGAACUGUUAACAUGACUCAUAUUUCAUAGUAUGUUCUAUUUUCAUUGGUUUAUUGGUAGCUUUAUAUGGAAAAUAGUGUACUUUCUUCUUUAUGUUAGUUUAAUCUUAAUCAGAGGGUUUGUCAGAAUCUGUUUACACCAGUCUUCAUUUUAGAUUUUCAAGUAUGUGGUUGAACGGACAUUUGCGUUUUAGUUUACCUUUCACUGAAAUGGUAUACUGGUAACAUACAGACUCGUAUUAUAUGCCUUGAUGCAUGUAAGAGUGCCAUUUAUUUUUUCACAGAACAGUGUAGAAAGUUUAAUUUAGAUAGUGUAUAAAAUAGCAAAUCUGAUGUAUUUUCCCAUAUAUUGCAUAGUACCUAUAUCAAAAAGAUUUUUUUAACUUUUUAGUAUUUUAAUGUAUAUAACAUGUAAAGAAUAGACUAUUGUCACUAAAGUAAGCAAAUGGAAUUUAAUAUCUAAUUUAUAUUAAAAUUUACACUAUAUUGUACCAAAUAUUUAAGUAUUCGUGACUUCAUGGUCAGUUUGCAGUUAGAAUUUGUAUAUAUUGUUUUAGACGUAUAUCAGUUUGUUUGAAUACUUUUUCUCAUGCUUUCAUAUAGUUAUAUGUUAAGCAGAUAUAAUUAAAUUUUAAUAUUUUACCAGAA